CAACGCAAGCCCGAGACUGCAUGCAGCAGCAGACUGCACGCAGCAGCAGACUGCAAGCAGCAGACCUGCAAGCAGCAGACUGCAAGCAGCAGCAGACUGCAAGCAGCAGCAGACUGCAAGCAGCAGACCUGCAAGCAGCAGACCUGCAAGCAGCAGACCUGCAAGCAGCAGACCUGCAAGCAGCAGACCUGCAAGCAGCAGACCUGCAAGCAGCAGACCUGCAAGCAGCAGACCUGCAAGCAGCAGACCUGCAAGCAGCAGACCUGCAAGCAGCAGACCUGCAAGCAGCAGACCUGCAAGCAGCAGACCUGCAAGCAGCAGACCUGCAAGCAGCAGACCUGCAAGCAGCAGACCUGCAAGCAGCAGACCUGCAAGCAGCAGACCUGCAAGCAGCAGACCUGCAAGCAGCAGACCUGCAAGCAGCAGACCUGCAAGCAGCAGACCUGCAAGCAGCAGACCUGCAAGCAGCAGACCUGCAAGCAGCAGACCUGCAAGCAGCAGCAAUGCAAGCACCAGACACCCGUCUAG